GGUGUUGCUGCCUCUCAUUGUUCCGGCGCGGAGCUUUGCAUUAGACUUAGUAUUGGCGUUUAAUUUAAAAUAAAUAGUGCCUAUAUACCAAGAGGAGCAGAGGACACCUUUGUCGUCGAUUGUGCACGCUCUCUUCGCCUCGCUUUGCUAUCUGGUUAUCAACGAUUGUCCAGGAGCGGGAGCCUGGUGUCCUGUACACUGCUGCCCAGCGCUGAAGCCGGUGGUUCCCGCAGUGAUUUCACCCAGAUCCCGGGCCCGAGAAGAGGACGCGUAGCAGUGUUCGACAAGAUAUUCUGUGGGGCUGCAGCGGGGCGACCCUAUCCGCUCUGGUCAACUGGAACAUUUUCCCUCAUUUUCCUAAGUGAGAAGAUGCCCGCUCCGAGCCAGGCCCAUUGAUGGCUGCCUAUCUAGGGAAGUUGCAAGCGCCACUGGGUCACAGCAAGAGAGCCAAAGCAGGAGUAAAUAUGAAGAGCCCAGAAAAGAAGAAAAGAAAGUCAAGUGCUCAGGGCGCUGCUUUCUCUCACUUAUCAGAAUUUGCUCCACCUCCCACACCAAUGGUGGACCACCUUGUAGCUUCUAACCCUUUUGAAGAUGACUUUGGACCACCCUCUCGAGGUGCUGGUCCUCCACCUGGGCCACCUCCCACUGGGGGGCCUUUCUUACACAGUCCUGGUUCUGCAGGUCCAGGAGGAUAUGGAGGCGGUGGUGGUCUCAGGAUGCCUGGUCCAGGGGUGCCUUAUGGGGGAGCUGGUCAGUCUCUUCGUAGGCCUCCUUUCCCCUCCCCUGGACAUCACCAGAUGGGACCAGGAGGAUUUGGUUUGCCUGGUUUUGGACAGCAUGGUGGUGGAAACCUUGGUGGAGGAUUUCCUCCUGGUCCACAGUUCAACAUUCCUCAAAAUUUUAGCCCACCAGGACCAAUGCACCCUGGGGCAGGGUUUAAUCCCAUGCUUUCUCCUGGAGCACUGAGUGGAGGUGGAGGUGGUCCACCAUCUCACCCACGGUUUGGACAGCAACAGCAGCAACAGCAGCAGCAAGGUGGUCAUCCAUUCAGCAGCCUUUCUGGCCCUAGACCUUUUCCAAAUGCGAUAAACAAUAUGUCUAACAUGAAUAAUAGCCUUAAUAAUAUGAACAACCUCAACAGCCUCCAGUCAGGACCUUACCCUAGCCCAGACGGCCACUUCACUAGCCCUAGCACUCCAGGAAUUGGUGGUGAUGAUUCUAAAGCUUUCCACCCCCAUCAGCAGCCAUCUGCCCCUCCACCUCCUCCUUCUAACCCACCACAGUCUGGCCCUGGUGCCUUUCCAAAUCAUCCCUCUCACCCAAAUCAUCCAGAACCCCCGGCCCCUAAUACCUCUCCUCCAGGUCCUGGCUCAGGGCCUAUCGCAGGGCCUGUGAAUGGGGGGCAGCCACAGCAAGCUGCACCCAAUAACCAACCAAAACAACAGCUGCCACCGGGUUCUUUUCACCCGAAUAACUGUGCUGGUAAUGGGAGUGGUGGUGGUAAUGGAGGACCAUUACCAGGUGGACCUGGUCAGGUUUCAGCUCCUACUCCCCCACCACAGAUCAACAGUUCCAAAGCACCUGGUACAGCAGGUACUGGCAGUGGCCUGGUUUUUCCCUGUGGAUUUUGCCUGUCUGAAGUACAUGAUGACCAGGAUGCCAUUCUGUGUGAGGCUUCAUGUCAGAAGUGGUUUCAUCGUGAAUGCACCGGGAUGACUGAAACAGCAUACAGCCUUCUGACAAGGGAAAGCUCAGCUGUGUGGGCCUGCGACUUCUGUCUCAAGAGCAAAGAGAUUCAGUCGGUGUAUGUUCGUGAAGGUUUGGGGCAGCUUGUAGCUGCAAACGAGGGUUGAUCUGGUCAGAUUAUCGUGUUUGGAAGCUUGCCUGACUAGCGCCUCCUUUUGGAUGCUACAGUGAGUUCACAGCUGCUUAGAAUUCUUUACAUAAUAUAAGCACAAAAGAAAAGAUUAACUACUUUUAUAAGUCUCUUUGAAAAGUUAGUUGAAAUUGGACUUAACUGUCCCAUUUAUAAACUCUGGUGAUCCAAGUCAAACAAAGAGCUAGCUUACAAAGAAAACCUCACUUUGGGUUUCAUUCUGAGCUUGCUGCUUAACUGAAGAAGCACUUGGCAGUGAGUGAAUUCCACUGUUUACCAAAGGAAGCAAACGCAGCCUCUGUUCCAGAUACGAGCAAAUCAUUUGGAUUCUUGGUUUCUGCCAGGAAGGAUAAAGAGUUAGUAGCAUGACGACAUGAUGCUGUAUUGUUGAGUGUUCAGAGUUUGUAGGUGCACAGAUUUACAGCAUUGGGGGAGGGAAUGGGUGGGCCUCAGGAUAGCAAUGCUACCAUUGCAUGUUAUUCUGAAUAAACCUUUGGCUUUUAGAUAAAAUUAUUUGAUUCACAGAAAGAGAUGCUUGAACGUCCGCGGUAUGUAUUGUAUAUAAGAGCAGGAUGGUGUAACCAUAAUAACAUAUAUUCUCCUUCCAAAUCGGUUGUCUUCCCUGCACUUGGAAUCUGCAAAACAAAGAAGGAUAUUGAUUUAAACUAAACAUUUACUUCUUGUAACUACUUAGGAUCCCUAAGCAAUUCUCUUGAUUUUUCAUUCGUUUGCUUUCUGGCUCUACUGCAUUUUUAUCCUGUUACUCAUUUUUUUUUCAUGUGGGUUCGGUUGCUUCUUAACUCACUAGACAUUGUUCUGGUCUUGUGUUGGACUCUAGAGCUGGGUUGAUCCAAAAGUUUCAAAAUCUACACUGACGCCACCUUACCACAAUCCAGUUCACACUGUAUCAGGAGUUCUGGUUUCUCCUGUCGCCUUGAUUGUGAGGGCUGAAAUAUGAAAUGUUGGACACAAUUGGCAUUUAAAAUCGGGAUAGAAUUUUAAUAGUUUAAAUUUAAUUUUUAUAAAAAUAUAUAGAGUUUAACUUGGAUGUAUCAAAUGAAUUACUAUUGUAUGCAUCAUAAAGUCAUAACUGGUGAGGCAAGUCUUUUCUGUGCCUGUCAGACUGAGGAUUGUGCUACAACGGCAGUGUUUUUUGUUAAUGUUCUUCACCCCAAGGAUGCAAAAGCAUUAAAACAGAAUAUGACUGUGUUCACUAGACAUGGGAGGUGUGAUCCACAGUCCUUCCUGGGUGUUGUAUAACUUUUUAUUUUAGAUGCCAUAUAUAUGUUAAGGCCAGUACUUGUCUAGUCGCACCGUGUUUUUUUUUA